GACGUGUUUAUAAACGAGUCGAUGUUGAGUGAACAGCAGAAAAACACGUUUUCCGUGUUCUACCCGCAGGGCGCGCUGUCGCUUGUGCAAAGGGCUGCAGUUGCUGCUGUGUCCUGUGGGCGGCAGCACAGAGCGGCCUCUCACGGACAAAUGGCGUCUCUCCAGUGCGGAGCAGCUGAUCUCCUCCGGAGCAGAGCGGCAGCAGCGGUGCGGAGGUAAACACACCGACCCCCCGGAUCCCUGCGCGUCAACAGGCCGCAGCUUUAUUACGCACGGGUCCGUGUGUUGGAGUGACGGCCGGACGCCGCGCACUGUUCACGGAUCGAGCACAGACCGAUGUCCCGGUGCACAAACAACCGUGUGGGGCCGGGCAGAUAGAGGAGAGAGUGCCGCUGCAGCCUGUUCAUCUGCGGUGUGCUUGUGUCUUCCACCGAUGGUUGUCAGUGUCUCACCGGGGCCUGAUCCGAGGCGCUGCAGGCGACAGUAGCGGGUCAAAUGUUUCCACCCAGACAGCGGAGGAGCUCAUCGUGAACAUGGGCAUCACCCCUUCAGAGAAACCCUCCUCCUCCUCCUCCUCCUUCUUCUUCUCCUGCUCCUUCUGACUGCCUGGCCCGUCUUCGUUAAUCCAAUUGAGGAGAUCAUCUUUUCAACCCUUGCUGAGGUUACACCAUCAAGACGGCGUUAUCUCAGAAAGCAAGCUCUGUGGCGGUGAAGAUGACCACGGCACGGUACCGUCCCACCUGGGAGCUGGCCGUGGACCCCCUGGUCUCGUGUAAGCUGUGCCUUGGAGAGUUCCCUCUGGAGCAGAUGACCACCAUCACACAGUGCCAAUGUGUCUUCUGUACACUGUGCCUGAAGCAGUAUGUGGAACUCCUGAUUAAAGAAGGCCUUGAAACUGCAAUUAGCUGUCCAGACUCUGCCUGUCCCAAAAGAGGACACUUGCAGGAAAAUGAGAUUGAGUGCAUGGUGGCCACGGAGAUGAUGCAGAGAUACAAGAAGCUUCAGUUCGAGAGGGAGGUGCUGCUGGACCCGUGUCGGACGUGGUGCCCCUCCUCGACCUGCCAGGCCGUGUGCCAACUCAAGGAAUCUGACUCUCCAGCGCUGCCCCAGCUGGUCCAGUGCGCCGUCUGUGCCCUCGAGUUCUGCUCAGCCUGCAAAGCCAACUGGCACCCGGGUCAGGCCUGCCAGGAGAGCAACCUGCCAAUUACCUCUUUCCUACCAGGAGAAAACAGCUCUUUCUAUAAGAACGAAGAGGACGACGCACCAAUCAAGCGCUGUCCUAAAUGUAAAGUUUACAUCGAGAGGGACGAGGGCUGCGCACAGAUGAUGUGCAAGAACUGCAAACACGCCUUCUGCUGGUACUGUCUGGAGUCACUGGACGACGACUUUCUCCUGAUCCACUAUGAUAAAGGGCCGUGUCGGAACAAACUGGGCCACUCCAGGGCGUCUGUUAUCUGGCACAGAACACAGGUCGUGGGGAUCUUUGCUGGCUUCGGCCUCCUCCUGCUGGUUGCCUCCCCGUUCCUCCUGCUCGCCACUCCCAUCGUGCUCUGCUGCAAGUGCAAGUGCAGCAAAGGCGACGACGACCCUCUGCCGACCUAAGCACGCUACAAGAGCCGGAGUGGAGAGCCGUUCCAAGGAUGGGCCAUCUUUUUUUUCCCCUCCUUUUCACCACUUUACAUUCUUUUCCUCCCACCAGCUUCGAGCGCUUCAUUUUUUGGGCUGAGCCUGCACCAGCCCCACACGGGCCGCUUCGGGAUCCAUCGCUCUGCAUGAAGAGAGGCAUGGUAGAAAAGCAACUCUACACCUUGGCCUGUGCAGACGUGCAGGGUCAAAGGUCAGAGGAGGGCAGAUUUGUUAAAGGACGACGGUGUCCGCGUGUGUGAGAAGGUGGUGGUUAGGGGAUGUGAAGAAAGACUGAGCCGCUUCAAGGGGCCUCACUGUGGGUUACUGUGGUGUGGUAUUUUUGUGGGUGUGUACAAAGGGGAAGAAAUCAAUGUAAAGAAGAAAUGCUUUUCUCUUGUAUGGACAGUUUCAUGCAGGAGCAGAAAAAGACGUUUGCUCUGUUUUUCGUCGGUUUGUCGUACGCAACAAAAGCUUUUUUUAAUCCACCGCCACCGCCACACCUGAUGUAGCUCUACAGAUUCAGUCAGUAGCAUUAGAGUCGCACCACGCAUGUUUGGUGUCCACUCGAUUUGCACACGGAUUCAUUCGUCAUGCUCGCGACUGAGGUAGAGACGGGAGACUGUUGUCACUCAACUCAAUGUACAGCACGUCCUCUUGAUGAUGUCAAUGUUUUAUAACCUGUCGCUUUUAAUAGAACUGUGCUCAGAUUAGUGUCUGUGUUGUACUUUUUGAGUGUUUUACAAACUGUUAGGUACACUUGUUAAAGGGGAUUUCCACUCACAACUAACAUACACUUACUUUCUCUGGCUAAGUGACAACAAGUAGUUUUGUUAAAUAUCAGCUUGUGCACAAAUGUUCUUUUGCCGUGUCUCCUGAUUCAUUCUCCUUGACGCACCUCCAGACUUUGGAGUCACCUUUGUAAAAUAGAGAUUACAUUUCCAGAUUUUCAUGAUGCUGAAUCAAGACAUUUUCCAAACUGAGUGGUGAUCCCCUUUAAGUUUCCGCAUUAAGUUUAUCAGAGGUCAGAUUUUGUAUCCACGUGUUGUGGAACCAUUUUAAUAAGUCACUGAAAAGAGAUGUCACUCCUGUAAUUCUCAGUCUCCAGGUGGUAGAGUAGCCAAAUAGAAAUAAAUAGCCUUAAAUUAAGAAGAGCCAAAAUCUAGCAUUUCCCCCCUGUGCUUUAAAAAAAAAGUCAAAAUCCAAAUAUUCCCAGGGAAAGCAUGUUUAAAGACAUUUUUAAAGCAUAACAGUGAAGCCCUUUAUAUCCAGAUGAUUCUAUGAUGUCACCUGUAUGCCACACUGUUUAUAGCCAUACUGUAAAAGAAAAAAAAAAAGAAAACCGUCACCUGAAGUUGUGUGUGUGACAUAGGACCUGUAUUUCUUAAGCCUCUUUGAGAACGAGUGCUGAUCCACAUCCAUCCAACCAUUUGAUACUCAAUGAUUCGACAUCCCGUUCUGUGAGACUUUACAAAUACCGACCGGCCCAUGUUGCAAACUUGCAUACGUUAGUGGUCCGAGUGUCGACGUUUCGUCCUCCAACAGCAAGCAGCUAUUCCUCGCAGGGAUUGUCUGAAAAGCCUAAAUACAAAAAGAAUGUUCCACUUUUGGGCACGUAAUUAUGAAGCUGCUCUAUACUAUAUCACUUUAUCUAUGCAAGUUUGUACAUUACCAUUCUUGAAGGCUCUGGAUGGGUCAUAAUCAGCUGUGCAUCAGUGGUAGGAUGUGUAGUGAAAGCUGCAGAAUGUCACAGUGCAUAUCAUGACAUUUAUUUAAUCAGGGAAAUGCUUAUUUAGCCAUUUUUAUGUUCGUUUUGGUUUUUCUGGGGAGUCCUGUUCAGAAAAAAAAUAUAUUUUCAUGUUACGUCAGUAAAAUGGAAAAAUAACAAAAUAUUUCAGUUUUAAACAGAUUUAGUUUUUUUGUUUUGCUACCAUGCAAAGCUAAAGCUAUUAUCCCUUCUUACUGAAUCCACCAGUGUUCAUGUAGCAUUUCAUGAGUGUGGCUACACUUAUCAAAAAAAAGGCGGUCAAUAGUUAACAGUAGCUAAUCAUUGACGACUCCCUUCUGUUUUCAUAAACUCAGUUCUGAUAUUCCACAUUAUAUUCCGUGUUAUUAGUAGCCUUAAUUUUUUUUGCGUACCGUACCCGUAGCCUGUCGCUUUCACUGACCUCAUCUAUCGAUAUCAAAGCCAAACCUAAAUUUGUACCUUUAUUUCCUUAAAUGCUUAAAAAGUGAAAUUCCAGAAUCCUUUUGUUGUUUUAAUGACAAUCGUGCCAAGCAGAUUUCCUGGACAGGAUAAAGGAAACAGAACUGUCUACUGUAUGUGCAUUUUGACCGUGUAUUUGUAACAUAUUUACAGUUUUUACUGAGUGGAGAAUAUUUUAAUGCUUCUUUCUGUAAGCGCUUCACUCUAUAUAUGGUUUCAUUGUUUUCCUUCUUAGUAUGGUCUGUGGCACGUGCGCGCGUGCGUGCGUGUGUGUGUGUGUGUGGUGCCUGCUGUGUUUUAAUGGAGAAGUCUCGCAACAGAAAAGUUGAGAGCGGGAGAGCAUCUGCACCUUUUUAAAAUCUAUCAGGGCUCUGAUAUCACCAGGAUCAUUUUCAAAUACAGUCAUUCACAAGGAAAAUAGCAUAAAAAUUGUCAACUAACACCAGGGCCGCCUCCAUUUUCUUUGUACACAACAUUCUUCGUUACUCACUGUAUCCGCUGUAUUAUGCAACAAAACAGAAAAGGGCCAAACAGCAUAACAUCCGUCAUGUUGCAGAAUAACAUUGAUUUCAAGAUUUAAAGUCGCCUAACAUCAGCACAGUUGUAGAACGGGACGGUUUGACGGAGUUACAGGUUUCUGUCAUUUGACCCGUGAAGGGGAUGCAAGUGUAUUUUACUAAAAGCUUCAGAUCUACUUUGCAGUUAUCCUAAGAUCGAGUUUGUUUAUGAGCAGCAAUUGAAUAUUUUAUAACCUGUUGUGUCAAGAGAUGGCGCUGCAUGAGUUUUCUCUGACUUCUACAUGUUGAAUAUUACUAUAUUGUAGCCGCAAAAGAUCUUUGGAAAUUGUAGCGUGUUCACCCUCUUGACCAGAGGUUGUUUUGUUUUUUUUAAUGAACAACUUCAUGUGUCUGUAUCUUCCUUUUUUUGUUGUUGUUGUUUCUUUUUUUAUAUAUAUGCCUCUGUUACAUCAUAGUGGUUGUAUUUGCAUUAAGUUUUUUUAAAGAGCAGAAUUCUUCAGCCUCGACUGGUCAAUUUAAUUUCAAUCAGUCAGUUCAGUGAGUGGAUUAUAUGCUGUGUGUAUACAGGGCUUGUGUUUAUAGAGGUGGUAAACGAUGUCUCUCGUUCAGUCAGUGGAAGUUGAUUGACCCGGGUGAUGAACAACAUUGUAAAUUGGCAUUUUGAAUCAGCUCUGUACAACUUUAGACUCGACAUCUCCAUAUAUCUACAGUUCCACUAACACUGUGACACCAGAUAUUAAAGGUUGUUGUUUUUGUGA